AUGCCGAUCAUUGCCAAAGUAGGGAGGGCGUCGUAUAAGGUGGUUACCCUAGGAUGGAUAAGAGUGCACCCGGUAUUCCAAGUCAGCAACCUCAAGCCAUACUACGUUGACAAGGAGGAUCCAGCGCACAACACUCCAGCAAGAGCCAAAGACAAGACCAAGCUGCCGAAGACGACCAAGGAAGUGGAGGAGAUCCUUGCAGAAAGAACCAGAAGCGUGCAUCGACAGCUAGUACCAGAGUACCUCAUCAAGUGGAAGGGACUAGGAGAAGAAGAAACCAGCUGGGAGAAUGAAGAGGAUUCCAAUUCUAGAAAGGAUCGUCGGAAGAAGCGUGAAUUGGAGGAAGCGAGAAAGGCAGGGCUUGCACCGGCUGAGGUUGAUGAAUAUGGGAAAGAGAUUAAUCCUCAUAUACCUCAAUAUAUGUCAUCUGCACCUUGGUAUCUUAAAUUAGAGAAACCAAGUUUGACACAUCAAAAGAACUGGAAAUCAGAUCCGAAGGACACAAAAGCAUGUUAUGAUAGAGGGGCCAAAACAUUUCAGGCUGAUAAAUAUCGGAAGGGCGCUUGUGAAAACUGUGGAGCUAUAACACAUGAUGUAAAGUUCUGCAUUGAGAGGCCUAGAAAGAAAGGAGCAAAAUUGACUAACAUGCACAUUGCACCUGAUGAGAAGAUAGAGAAAGUUGAACUGGAUUACGAUGGUAAACAUGAUAGAUGGAAUGGUUAUGAUACGGCAAAUCAUUCUCGUGUCAUGGAUAGGCAUGAGGCAAUGUGUGGGGCUAGAAGGAAAUACCUGAAAGAACAGCGGCACAAAAGAUUAGAGGAGAAAAACAAUAAGCAGAAUGGGGAAGGUGAGGUCAGUGAUGAGGAUGCUCUUGAGGUUGAUGAAGCCAAGAUUGAUGAAAGUAAACAGAUGGAUUUUGCAAAGGUUGAGAAGCGUGUUCGUACAACAAGUGGUGGAAGCACAGGUACUGUUAGAAAUUUGCGUAUUCGGGAGGACACAGCAAAAUAUCUUUCAAAUAUCAAUGAAAAUUCUGCUUACUAUGAUCCCAAAACUCGGUCAAUGCGAGAGGACCCUCUUCCUGAUGCUGACCAAGAUGAGAAGUUUUAUGGAGGAGAUAACCAAUAUAGAGAAAGUGGGCAAGCAUUGGAGUUCAAGCAACUUAAUAUUCAUGCACGGGAGGCAUUUGAGAAAGGCCAAGAUAUACACGUGCAAGCUGCUCCUUCUCAAGCUGAAUUACUGUAUAAGAACUAUAAGGACAGCACGGAGAAGUUAAAAUCACAAAUGAAAGAAACCAUAAUGGAGAAAUAUGGAAAUGCUGCAUGUGAGGAAGAACUACCAAGGGAGCUUCUUUUGGGACAAAGUGAGAGACAAAUUGAAUAUAAUCGUGCUGGCAGAAUUAUUAAAGCAUUGGAGACAUCCCUUCCAAAGAGCAAAUAUGAAGAGGAUGUCUACAUCAAUAACCAUACAAGUAUCUGGGGUUCUUGGUGGAAAGAUCAUCAAUGGGGCUACAAGUGCUGUAAGCAAACAAUAUUGAACAGUUAUUGCACUGGUGCAGUUGGAAUUGAGGCGGCUGAAGCAGCAAUUGACCUCAUGAACACUAAUAUCGAUCGUAAAGUAGCUUGUGAAGAUACACCUGUUCUAACAGAAGAGAAAAUGCUUACUACUUGGGGAACUGAUGUACCCGAUUUGGUCCUUGACCAGAAAAAACUUGUUGAAGCUCUUAAAAAGGUGAACUUAUAUAGACUUAACCUGCUUCUAGAAUGA